GGCAAGCCGAAAAAUUAUGCACUAAAAUGAACCAUAAAGAACUAAACCCGGUAAAGUUCCUGUGCGUGCCAGCAUAAUGUACGUUCUUCAUGGUUGCGUUUGUUUAAAUCGAUAAGGUUGUGAACAAAGAGAAAAGAGUUUCGAAAAUGAUGAAAUCCCCGACAGCAAGACUAGUUUUUCUACAACACACAUGGAUAACCAUAGACCUGGCAUAUGGUACAGAGAAACGGCAAGAACAAAAGCGAGAGAAGGAUAUAUAUUUUAAAACGUCGCUACUACCUUUCAUUAACAAGUUUACCGAUCAGCAGCGUCGUCACAGUUUACAUUUAUUAUUGCAAUAUGUUGACUGAAGAACAACUCAGAAUGUUACGAAGCGCAGUGUUUUACGAUCCAAGUAAAGUUCCAAAUGAUCUACCCCCGUUUGAUGUGACUGCUGAGGACAUCAGUAUUGAGCAAUUAAAAAAAUUGAAUGAACGCCUGCGCAAAUUUUCAAAAAAUUUACUAUUUGAUAAAUAUACCUUCAUCAAAGAAUGCGACAUCGGUUCACUUACUGGGAAGCAAAUCUUGCAGUUGUUCAUGAAAAUAUUGAACGAACCGGAAAACUAUCAAGCUGGGAAUUGUCUUUUAUUCUCCAUUGACGGAAAAACUGAAAUUGCUUGUGGCAUCGAAGGUACAGGGUAUUUAAUGGUUCGAAAGUGUAAGCGAAAGGACUGCGAUAAAAAAAUGUACGAAAAGAUAUUUGACGACGAAGAAUUUGCUAAUUAUCCACAAGCCCGCGAUAAACAUUGGUCAAAGAAUUUCGAUCCAAAAAAAAUAGAAGGGAUACGUAAACAAGUAUCAGAUCAACUAAAAAAGUUUCUAAACAGCUCCGUGGAAAGUUGCGAACCAUGUUACCGAUGUCCCUUUCUGCGUAUGCUUGAGAAAAUAGCAAAGUUGGAAGUAAAUAGAGAUGGAAUGCUGGAGGAAAUCAUACAACUACAUCAGGUUCCAGUUGCAGCUUGCGUUAAGUUAGCUGUAGAUUCUCAACAAACUGGAAAGCUACAACAAGUGUUUGGAUCGCGUGGUGUUCACGAUGACAUUAAAGUUAAAAUCAAACGAAAAUACGCGGCAGAGCACGGUGUCGAAAUAUCUGAUGAUGAGUUGUUACAGCGCACACUGAAGAAAAAGAAACGAUUGAGAAUCAAAGCGGCUAAACAAAUUAUACAAAGUUCUUUCGUGGAACAGAAUGAAAAUGGAAGUUACAACGAUGACGUCAUUAAGCAAGUGGCAAAAGAUGUGAGAGAAUUCUUCAUGUGAUUUGGUGGUAGAAGAGAAGAAACGUUCAGUUAAAUUAAUCAACUAUAUAACUUGUAUUAUAGCACAAUAUUAGUAGUUCAUCAAUGUAUACGUUUAAAAUACUGUUUGAUUUAAACGGGUUUCGUCAAUUUAAUUGUUUUAGGGAUUUGAAUAUAUCUGUGUGAUAUUUUUCAACGAUCUUCCAGUCGUAAAUGAAUCGACUUUUGUUCGUGAAGCAUAUUGUAAAUAAACACAAUGUAAAUAAAGUA